UGGUUUUGACUCGGGAAAACAAGGAAGCACGACGGCGGCCAUCUUGAUCUUCUUUACCACGAAGAGCUCGGAGGCUUCAUCAUGAGCUCCCUAAAGUUGCAGAAGAGGCUAGCAGCCUCGGUUAUGCGAUGUGGCAAAAAAAAAGUCUGGUUAGAUCCUAAUGAAAUCAACGAAAUUGCCAAUACCAAUUCAAGACAAAACAUCCGUAAGCUUAUUAAGGAUGGUCUUAUUAUUAAAAAGCCUGUAGCCGUUCACUCGAGGGCAAGAGUACGUAAGAAUACCGAAGCUAGGCGGAAAGGGCGACAUUGUGGUUUUGGUAAAAGGAAGGGUACUGCUAAUGCCCGUACUCCACAAAAGGAUUUGUGGAUUCAACGCAUGAGAGUACUGCGUCGACUUCUGAAGAAGUACAGGGAAACUAAGAAAAUCGAUAGACAUCUGUACCAUUCUUUGUACAUGAAAGCUAAGGGAAAUGUUUUUAAAAACAAGAGAGUAUUGAUGGAAUUUAUCCACAAGAAGAAGGCUGAAAAAGCUCGUGCAGAGAUGCUUUCGGACCAGGCUGAAGCGCGUCGUACUAAAGUUCGUGAAGCUCGUAAGCGUAGAGCGGAACGCAUCGCUACUAAAAAGCAGGAACUUCUGCAAUCCUACCAGAAGGAAGACGAAGCUGCGGCAGCACAGAAAAAGUAAUCUAAACCUGUUCUAUUGUAUAAGAAAAUAAAAAAUCCUCGGAAAUUUGUAAAUUCA